UACGUCGCCUCUGAUAAGGCCUUUCCCCUGGGAAAUUGACCAAUAGCGAUUAAGCCUCUCUCAUGCGGUGCUGGGUGGGAACUGUAGUCCCGAUUUUUGCGAGUCGAUCCGAUAUUCACUUAAUCUCUGUUAUUUAGCCCUGUGCGGAUAUUUCUCACCUUAUUUCAGGUUUAAGAUAUUCAGGUUCCGCUUUCGACUACCUCCAUUCACGGCUCCAAGAAUAAGGGAAUUCCUGACAGAGAUUCGUCUAGGGGCCUACUUCCCUAAUUGAGAUAAAAGAAUCGGAAGUUGGUCCGACUCUGCACUGCGCCCCCCGCCGACACUUCCGGUCCGGGCCGCUUUUUCUCAGAAAUCGGCGUUUGCCGAUCCGAAUGGCGGCGACUUGCUUCGUUUGGCCGCUGGCGCUUUGGAUCGUAAUAAUCGCAGCGGUGACGACGACCCACUCGAAUAAGACGGUGACCGUUGAGGCCGCGUCUCUUGCUCCUUCCCUGCCGCCGAAAGAGAAAACCCACGAGAGUGCCUCACGGCCCGCCUCCAGUGCCACAACCGCGACGACAUCCGGGUCCCCGCCGUCGGGGCUGUCGGGAUUGGGCCUGCCGGCCCUUCACCGCGCGCUCUACGUCGUGGCCGGCCUGGCAGGCAUCGGCCUCCUCUACUAUCUCGGAGGCCGCACGUUUCGGACCAGGAAACCUCCACGGAAAAAAUACGGACUUCUGUCCAACUCAGAAGAUCCCAUGGAGAUGGCUUCUCUAGAAAGCGACGAAGAUACGGUAUUUGAAAUCAGGAAUUUGAGACGGUGAUAAUAGGACUUGUGGUUUUUCCAACUCGACCAGAGAAGAUGCAGAUUCACCAAUGGAAGAAUCUUGAACCUCUGUUACUUUAAAAAAAAAAAAAAAAAAUUCCUGAAGUUUCUUGCGAUGUGAAAACCUAGCAGCGUGAAACUUUCUCUUCGGUUCCCUUCAACAGGAGAACUGUCGUACAGCCACCACAGCGAAUGUAUCUGCCUGGAGUUGCAGAAUUGCAGAAAAAAAUUACGAGGGUUUUCAGGGGUGGGUCUUUCUACCUUGCUAACCAAUCUGGGACGAGCGGCUAAGAUGGCAAAGCUGCCAUUCACAGUUUGAAGCGGGUGCCGGCUGCUGUCGCUUCAGAUGGGAUCUUUCUUAUAAAGAAAGUUGGACCUCCUUAAGAGAUUGGAAAAUUCAAGCGUGCACUUUGUGGCAAUCGCCGCCCUUAGGAAAAAGCUUGCGGGUCCAGUUGAGGUGUGGCACAUUGGAGAACACCCGAGCAAGGUCAGGUCAUUCACCAGCUUCUGUGUUAAGGAACUGCAGGCUGCCCACCUCGUUUGGCCUCCGCUUGGAUUUCCUGUUCUGCUUUCCUUUGGUUGUGUCAUCGAGAAAAAAAAAAGUUACUGUCUGCUUUUGAAUCUGGUUGUUUGUGAAGCAAUAUCAUUCUACAAAUUGCUGGAGCCAGAAACAUGCAAGCCAUUAGUUACUCUGGUGAUUACAAACAACGGUGCUGGCACCUGGUAAUUUUUGCAAAGAAAUUUGUUUUCCUUUUUCGGUUGAUUCCAUUUCAGUUGACCCUGUUCAGGGCUCAACUUGAUCCAUGCUGGCCAUCCCUUCUUCUCCCAAGGAGAAGUAACACAAAACCACAAUAGAUUGCUUAACAAUUGUUAAAAAACCGUGUUUGCAAUGAGGGAUAGCCGGAAAUGCUGCAUUAGCAUCUUAAAAAUGUAACGAGAUGGCAGCUGUACCUUAAGGGUGUGUGUGUUUGUGUGUGUGUGUGUGUGUGUGUGUGUGUGUGUGUGUGCGCGCGCGCGUGCGCGCGCGUGCACAGGCUGGGCCAGUAGCUGCAGACAUAAAUACAUAAAACCUGGCCCUUCCUGGUUAGAUAGGAAAAAUACUUUUUCCCCAAAUAAAUUAAUUCGGGACAUCUUGAACAUUUAAUUCAUGGUAGUUCUUUCCUCUUUCACAGCGAUCAUAUAUGACAAGCCAGUUUUAAAAUAAUAUUUCCAGUUGAAUACAGAAGAUUGUUUUGGAAAAGAUGGUACUUGGAGAAAUAAGAAUUGGAUGUGUUCAGCCCAAUACGUGAAUAGCAAUACUAAUCUGUUAUUGCAGUGUUUUUCACCCUUGGGGGCUUUAAGGCAUGCGGACAUCAACUCCAAGAAUUUUGGGAGUUGAAGUCCACGUGCCUUAAAGUUCCCAAGGUUGAGAAACAUUUUGCUAGUGUAUCUGGCCAAUAACAGAGGUAUUGUGUCCUCAAAUAAAAAUCUUGGGACCCAAGAAGUCAGCAGUAUUUUAAUUACCAAACUGCGAGAUGAUCAGUCAGGCAUUUUUCCUUUCGUGGUUUAUUGGGACCAGCUGCUGUUUAGAUUGGGAGGUUUUUAAAAAAUGAUUUUAAGACAGUAAACGUGUAUUAAAACAAUGCAAUAAAAUGUUUUCACUUUUAAAAAUAAAGCAGGGUAAGAGAGCACCUUUAUGCUAAACUGUGAUGCUCGUGGGAUUUGUUGUUGUUGUUUCCAGAGAGAGAGAAAAAAGCCAAAAUUCUUCAGUUAAUGAAUAAUAAACACCCCUCUCCUGCUUGUUGUGUCUUCUUCAAACCUGGGAUUAAAAACUAUGUUUUGUG